UAUUUAGUGUUACUUUUUGUUAUUUUACAUAGGAAUCAUUAGUAACGGUGACUGAGGAACAUAAUUGUUUACUUCACAAGCUAAGAGAAAUUCAGGAAGAGCAACAGGCGCUUCAAAAGGAAACACUCAAUAUACGACUGAAGUUGGAACAGAUAGAUGGACAUGUUGCGGAGCACCAAUCAAAGAUCAAAUUCUGGCAGAGAGAGGUAUCAAAACUUUCUUUACAUCCUAUUGACAAACCAGCAGCUGAACUUCCAAAAUUGAGUGAGGAAGAUCUUAUGGGAAUCAAAAAUCCAGAUUUGAUAAAUAAUCAGAUUGCACUACUAGAGGCUAAAUGUCUAGAAAUGAAGCCAAACUUGGGUUCUAUUGAAGAGUAUAAGAAGAAAGAAGAGCUAUAUCUACGCCGUGUGGCAGAGCUGGAUGAAAUUACUAAUGAACGGGAUAAGUUUAGACAUGGCUUUGAAGACCUGAGGAGGCAACGUCUUAAUGAAUUUAUGGCUGGCUUUAAUAUAAUCACUAACAAAUUGAAGGAGAAUUACCAAAUGCUUACACUUGGUGGAGAUGCUGAGUUGGAGUUGGUGGACAGUCUAGAUCCAUUCUCUGAAGGAAUUAUGUUCAGCGUACGUCCGCCAAAGAAAAGCUGGAAAAAAAUUUUCAAUAUUUCUGGUGGAGAGAAGACUCUUAGUUCUCUAGCUCUGGUUUUCGCACUUCACCAUUACAAGCCUACUCCUUUGUAUUUUAUGGAUGAAAUUGAUGCAGCACUGGAUUUCAGAAAUGUUUCAAUUGUUGCUCAUUAUAUCUAUGAACAGACCAAAAAUGCUCAGUUCAUCAUUAUUUCCUUGAGGAACAAUAUGUUCGAAAUUGCUGACAGGCUGGUUGGAAUCUACAAGACACACAAUACAACAAAGAGUGUUGCAACCAACCCAAAAGUUAUUAGUCUUCAUGCACUUUCUGAAGUAACUAGUACAGCUUGAGUAGAGUUGAAAUACCAUCAAUUUUUUUUAAUAGACUAGCAUUUUUUUUAAGAAAUCUAAGUGUCCUCAUUCUUUUAUGCUACUAUCUUUAUGGAACUUAUUCAAACAUUGUGAUAGUUUAAAACCUCCACCAUCAGCAUCAAAUUUAGAAUCUAAAUUCUUGUGAUUUUACUCCUAAUGCAUAACCUAUGUACUAAUAGAUUUUCUUUAUAUUCUGAUAUGCUGUAUAUAUUUUGUAUGUGUGCAGAAUAAAUCUGUAUUUUAACAUUGA